GACUCACUAAGCAGGUGGUUAAUCUAUGGUCAGUUUUUUGAUUUUGGCCUCACAAUCUAUCCUGUCACCAUAAUUUUACACCUAAUUGGAUUGUUGGUAAUGUAAUAAUUUGCAAUGGAGCAUUUAUAACCACAAUAUAAAAUGGCAACGGGUCAUGCAGUUGUUGUGUGGGAAUGGGAAAAUAGACAGGGACGAUGGAGACCAUAUAGUCCCGAAGUAUCACAAUUACUUGAGAGGGCAAAUUGUAAGAGACUGACAAGAGUCAUGCUUAGUGAUGCUGAUCCUCUCUUGAGUAGGUAUUACAUCAAUUUAAGAACGAAACACCAAUGUUCAGAAGAAGUUGGAAUUGGUGAUCCACACAAAGUACGUCGAAUGUGCUAUCCUCCUGAUUCCCCAGCGGGAAAGGGUGCCAAAUGGGAGUGGGCGGGAGACUCCCCUGGGGAGUGGCAUACUUACGAUAUGGAAGUACAGUCUCUCAUAGAAGCUGCCUGGGCCAAAGGAGAUCAGACAAUUGACGUGAGCAAGACCUACCUUGGAUUUCCUUACAUCAUCAACUUCUGCAACUUGACGCAAGUGCGGAACAACACCGGGUUCGUAAGGAACAUUAGACGGGUCCAGCAGGCUCCUUACCCUCUGGUCAAGGUGCCUCCAGAGGAAAUAACCGCUUUUGCAGGACUGAGGAGUUCAAGCCAGAAUCCAAAUCAUCAGUCUCGCAGGGGAGAACAGCACGAAAGAGGGGCAGCGGGCGGCAAGAAACUAAGCAAUGCUGGCAACAGUGGCACAGGUGUCAAGAAACAUGUCAAGAAAACCAAGAAUGACAAGGGUGAAAGCUCUACCAACAUAGCCAGGACUAUCUUAAACAACUUGAAUAUUUUUGGGGGACACAAGGGCAAUGUACCGGCUGCAGAGGCUGAGAAGGGAGUGUUGGAUGCGGACUCCAGCAGUACCAAGAGUGGUAGACGUCCCAGCGUCGACACUGUCUCCACCUAUCUCAGUCAUGACAGUGAAAUGCGUACAUCCAGGGCUGAUUUAUUGGAUUGCACUGGGAGUAGUGAAGAUGUUUUUGAGACCGGGUCAAAAAAGCAGGGUGCAAUUGUUGGAGUGGAUGCUGCUAGUGAGGGAAUCUCGCAGUACGUGUGCGUAGUUGAGGGCAGGUGCGAGGGCCGCUGUCCGGUCUGUUUGUGUGAGCUAGACUCGGAUCUGAUGGUUGUAGCUCUUACGAGGUGUCACCAUCGGUUGCAUCUCGACUGUCUCAACUCCAUGCUUACCAGCCAGCCCAACGCACAUCAGUGGUUGUACAUCCAGUGUCCGGUGUGCAUGACCAUCUACGGGGAGAAGAGAGGUAACCAGCCUCCGGGUACCAUGGACUCCACCCUGCUGCAUACGUCACUGCCUGGCUCCGGCACCAGGACCAUACAGAUCACUUAUCACAUUGCCUCUGGUAUACAAGGCCCCGAGCACCCAAACCCUGGGCGGCCAUACUAUGCCGUGGGGUUCCCACGUGUGUGCUAUCUCCCAGACACAGAGAAGGGGCGGAAAGUGCUGAAGCUGCUGAGGGUAGCGUUCCAGCGGCGCUUGACGUUCACCAUCGGCCGCUCGGUCACGACAGGUCUCGAAGACGUUGUCACAUGGAAUGACAUCCACCACAAGACGGAGCCACAUUCUCGCUUUGAUCCGGCCUUCCUCGACCGCUGCCUCGAGGAGCUGGCGGCUCAGGGCAUUCGUUAAGGGUCAGAUACUGUGGUGGAGGAGGGCUGUGGCCAGGAAAUUCUUAACAUUUUGAAAGGAAACUAGCUGAAUUCAGUAUAACUUUCUUCAAUAAAUAGAGUAUAGUGAAGUUACAUAUCAAGGUCAGCGACAUUAUUGCCUUGAAUUUUGUGGCUGCACUUUUUCAUCGUCUUUUCAAGUUGGUGUAGGUGGGGUGAGAAGAGUUAAGAUUAAAAUUAACCCAUACUCUCCUGUAUGGGGUACUUUGAAAUGGAUUCUAUUAUUGGCUGUCUCUAAUGGUAAACCUUCUCAUACCAUUAAACUGAGUUCUGCUGGUUUUCUUUCAAUAUUGAAUAAGUUAAUGUAAUUAUUGGCAUAUAACAAUUUGGUCUUGAACUGUAGGUUAAAGAUUUGAUUUGAUGUGCAAUCACGCUUUUGCAUCUAACCUAAGCCUAUACUGAGGAAAUCUUGUAUUUUCUUUCCCAGUUUGUGUGGCCGAAAGCUAUGGCCAGUCCCUUAUAGUACAAAUGCAGCUUUGUAAGUUCCUCGUUGCGAUACAGUUGUUCUCGAUAAGUUAUGGAAAAACUGCGAAUGUCGUAUGAAACUCGAAUCUCUUCAUGUUUCAGUGUCAGAGUUUAUUUAUAGAUAACCAUCCGCAUACAAUUCUCAUUUAUUUACUGCUUACUGUUAACAUUGAAAACAGUGUGUAUACACCUUAUCAAAGAGAAUUAUCUCUUAAGUACUCUAUUCACAAAGUUUCAAUACUUCAAGUUUCACACUACUAUAUUUCAUCCUAAUCACCUAGAUUAAAAUCAUCAUCUUAUUAAUUUAAUUACAUUUUCUAAUAGUAUUUCAGUUUCUUGUGCUUGUUUUGUAAAUGAGGUAUGAUAAACCUCUAAGUGUCUGGGCCAAUAAUCCUGUGGAAACAUUCUACGUUCUUUUAAUAUUGGACCAUGGCACUGUAAAGGUUGACUAGAAAACGUUUACUACAUCUAUCAUAUCUUUUUUGCAAAUAAACACAUGUAAACUUGCUUUGAUUAUUGUAAGUAACUAUCAUUAAUGUAGGUUUAGAUCAAAUAUAUGUCAGGUGCUGAACAAUUUUGUUAUAAAAGUCACUUUUUGUCAGUAUUAAAUAUUUAUUUAAGUUUUUCAAGUAUUGACAGGUUUUAUACGUGAAGCAAUUGAUACUGAUUAAUUUAUUUAUUUAAUUAACCCUCAUGGAUCAUUUGUCAUGUAUCAUUUAUGGGUUAACAUAGUCAAUAGAAUCACCAGAGAGUUUAUGUGUAUGUUUAAAAAAUUGUUCACUGUUCCUCUGUUUGUUAUUUCAAACUUAUUUAUGUAUACUCUAUGUAGGUGGAGCAACAUGAAAAGAAGUAGUCCUUUCAUUACCUGUUAAUUUUAAAACAAAUUAUGCAAAAGUCAAAUUGAGUGCUGAGAAAGAGUUGUAAGUCAUAUUAAUUUCUUUGAGCAAGGUUAUUUAUAACGCAAUUCCAAUAGACUUCUUACCAUUCUGAAAAUAACCUUUUAAGCACAUUAUUCUCAUAAAAAAACAAGUCAUAUUUAGGCUCAGUUCAAUCAAUUUAUUAAAAUAAAAUUGUUCUUACUACCUUCUUUACAUGCACAGUGUGGAUAACUUUUUAGGAUUAUAAAAAGAGUAAAAUAAAGUGAUUUGGGAAAAUACCAACCACUCUCACGUCAAAUAAAAACAGGAUUUGCUGUAUUUACUAAAAAAGUUAGUAUUUAUAAAGGUUCACCGUAUAGAAGUUUAA